UGUAUCCCAAGAAUACUAUCCGUUAAAUUUUGAAUACAUUUAAAUUAUAUAUAUAGAACACGCCGUUAAACAAGCUUUUGAGAAUUCACUUGAACAAUAAUUGAAUUUGUGCUUAUUUUCAUCGUAUUUUGUAUUAAUACUGUGCAUUAUAAAGUGAAUAAUAAUGGCUGAUAACAUUUACUACUCGAAUAAAUAUUACGACGAUACUUAUGAGUACAGGCAUGUGGCGUUACCAAAAGAAUUAGUGAAACUGGUGCCAAGGGGUCACUUAUUAAGUGAAAAAGAAUGGAGAAACAUUGGGGUACAACAAAGUCAGGGUUGGGUACAUUAUAUGACUCACGAUCCAGAACCUCAUAUUCUUCUAUUCAAAAGGAAAAUCACAUCUCCGCCACCUGAGAAAUAAUAUGUAUUUAAAGGAUGAUUUUCUCUCGCCAAGUGACGUUUUAAGUUAAGAUAUUAAUCUUAGAAGAACUCAGCUAAAAAUGGUAAUGUACAAAUAAUUAUUAUUAUUAUUACUUUUCUAUUGACUACUAGCACAAUCAGCUAAAACUGCUAAACAAUAAUUUAAUAAAAUGAAAUUGAGAAAAUUGAUUUUUUGUUUUAAAUAAGUAAAAUUAAAAAUAUUGUUUAGAUUCUGACAAUAUAGAAAAUUAAAAAAAGAUAUAAACAAAUAUGUUCAUAAAUAACGUAAGAACAAUUUGUUAGCUGAGUUCUUUUAACGUCUUAUUUCGACAUGUCAUUUAUAGCAUGUGAACUGAGAGUCUGUAAAUAUGUUAAUAGAUAAUUUUUGGAUUGUAAUAACACUCGAAGGAUAAUUAUGAAAAAUUUAUGUAGGAAAAAAAUUAUGAAAAAGAAAAACAGACAAAAACUUAACUACGAAUAUUUUUGUGGCAGACCUUCAAGGUUUCAGUAUUAAACGAUUUUUUUUCUACUAUAUAUAAAAAGUCUGUUAUAUUUUUUUUUCUCGUCAAAAAGUCGUGUAAAACAUGAUCGGUUGCAAUUAUCAAUAUUGCACUCGACACGAGGCGUUUAUGCCUAAUUCGAAGAUCUAUAAAUAAUUAUUAUUAAAAAAAAUGGAAAAAAAUACAAAAAUCUAUUUAAUACUAUCAUCGAAAAUAUUAUUAAGUUUCACUAGGUCUGCGUCUACCUAUACUUUUUUCAAUUCUUUAAAAUCAGUUCCACUAACAUAUAAGACUCUUUAUAAAAAAAAAUGGAAAGGAAAGAAAAAAACUUAAAUUAUUUUCUAAGCAUCGAAUGUCCAGUAAUCAGAGUUCAUCUCAUCAAAUUGAAAUGAUUUCUGUUGUUUCUACCUAAAAUGAUGAUAUGUAUUUUAAAAAGCAUCGUAAAAUAAAAUAUAUUCGUUUUUAUAA